AUGAAUUCUGGACCUGAGCAUCCGCGCGCCCGUCGAUGUCUGCCUGUCAUUGCUUUGUGCAGCGGCCUCUUCACCAUACUUCUCUCGCUGUUCAUGCUUCACGUCUUCAGCCGCAGCACGUCCAUACAGCCAGUCGCUGGCCCUAUAGAACACCAGGAACCCGGUCCUGAGCUCACAACAACACACGUCGACAACUUCUCUCCUAUUGCCACUGCGACGCCAACCCCUAUUGUUCUGCCAGACCCAGCUCAAGAAACGGGCUUCAUACUACACCCCAAAGACCAUUUUGCCAGAGAACCAAAGACGCUGCGUAUGACAUGGAAUGUCACACGCGAAUUACGCCAACCUGAUGGCGUUGAAAAACAAAUAUAUCUCAUCAACGGUCAAUUUCCCGGUCCUGUCAUCGAAGCACGCCCCGGCGACGAGCUCGUCAUCAACGUAUAUAAUCACGUCGAAAAUGAUACCGAAGGCAUUGCUGUGCACUGGCACGGCUUGAUCAUGAAUGGUAGCUUAUCUGGCGCAAAUGACAUGGACGGCGUUGUCGGCGUCACCCAAUGCGCCAUUGUACAAAACAAUAAUUUCACGUACCGCUUUACGCUAGACAACAAACAGCACGGAACAUAUUGGUACCAUGCUCAUUCGCACCUUCAGAGAGCCGACGGCUUGUACGGUGGCAUCGUCAUACACAGAGCGGCCGAUACAGAAACCGACCUGGCUAGAUACAACUACGAACAGGAGAAGCUUCUCCUCGUUGGCGACUGGUAUCACUGGCCCGCGACCAGAGUUCUCGAGUGGUUCGACAAGGCAGAUCACUUUGGAUACGAGCCUGCUCCUGACUCACUCCUCAUCAACGGCAUCGGAGCCUACAACUGUUCCAAGGCUGUCGCUGCCCGUGUAGUCAAUUGUACCAUGCUCCAAAAGCCCCGCAUUCGCCUACCAGACGGCGACCGCGUGCGCCUUCGCGUCGUGAAUACCGGUGCUUCUGCUGGACUCUCAAUUCGACUUGAUCAUGGCACCAUGGAGCCCCUCGCCGUCGAUGGGCACGGUCUGGUAAACAGGUCGGCCUUUGCCGCGGGCGGCUUUGGCAUUCUGUACCCGGGCGAGCGUCUUGACGUUGUGCUCGACAAGACAACUAUCUCAAAAUUAGGUCGAGACAAGAGCUUGGCUAACACUCUAACCAUUGAACUUGAUGACGGCAACAUGCCGCUCAAGAAUUAUGCACUCACCCGCGUCCAGUCCUUCCCGGUCGACGACGGGGCACCAGGGCAGAGAGCGCUCACCCAGCGCGAUGAUGCCGUGGAGAUGUUGUCGCUCGCCGACCUCAACGGCGUUGCACUGUCAGAGGAGGCCGCCAGUGCAACCAAGCCGGCCGAAACAGCCGUCUUUUACACGACAAUAAAGAACCGCGCCACACAUGAAAACAGGCCUGCUGGCCUCUUUAACCAUUCGUCCUGGAUUGUCAAGGAUGCUUUCGCGCCGCCUCUGCUGGCCGUCGAUGAGGACCAGUGGGUCAAUUUGGCGAAAGAGCCCAGUCCACUUCAAAAUUUCACAGUACCCGCGUUCAAGACCAACGCCUCGGGAGACAAGAUAAGAUGGAUGGAUAUGGUUGUUAAUAAUCUGGAUGACAAGGGCCACCCAUUCCACCUGCACGGACAGUCGUUCUACGUGUUGGUAAGCCACAAGGGUCGCAAAGGCGAGCAGGGCACUUACAACCCGUUUGACCCCGAGUCCAAGCACGACGACUUUCCCCACAUGCCAUUUAACCACCUGCUGAAAGAUACCGUGUAUAUUCCCCGCAUGGGACAUGUCGUCUUGCGGUUACCAUUGACCAACAGCGGUCUGUGGCUCGCCCACUGCCAUAUUCUUUGGCACCAGGCCGUUGGCAUGAGCAUGGUGCUGCGCGUGGGUGAUGUUGAUCAAGACGCAAGGCGGGCGGCGGGUGCGUUUUGUGCCAGUCAAAAGGUGGACUCGUAA